AAUGAAAGCUCUUUCUCUUUCCUGACGCUCCUCUAAUCACCUCAAUUUAGAAAACCCCAAAAUACGACCGUUGGGAGUCUUCCUCUUCUUUUUUGAUGACAUGGAGUCUUCCUCUUCAGUCUUCACCGACACAACACUAAACUAGAAACAAAAAGGCCUCCCGGGACUGACUCCUCUUCCGUCUUCUUUCUCUUCGCCUGCCUGCCUGCCCGCUCAAAGAAAUCCAAGAAAUGGAGUUGCCUCCGUCCAGGAAAUCGUCCGGACUGAAUCUUCCAGUCGGCAUGUUGGGAAGCUCGCUACGGCUGGACACCUUUUCGGGUUGUUUGCGGGCCAAUCCCAAUCUGUCAUCGCCUUCCAAAUCCUCCUCCUCGUGCAGCGAUAGAUUCAUACCCUGCAGAUCUUCUUCCAGGCUCCAUACCUUCGGGCUGGUGGAUAAGCCUUCCCCAGUGAAAGAUGGGGCAAACGAGGCUUAUACCAGGUUGCUGAAAACUGAGCUCUUUGGGUCUGACUUCGGUUCUCCUUCCCCUGCAGGUCAAGCUUCCCCCAUGAGUCCCAGCAAGAAUAUGCUACGCUUCAAGACUGACCAUUCCGGUCCCAGCUCUCCCUUCUCGCCCUCCGUUUUAGGCCACGAUUCUGCUUUCUCUUCCGAGUCUUGCACCCCUCCAAAGCCUCCUCGCAAGGUCCCCAAAACACCCCAUAAGGUUUUGGAUGCCCCGUCACUUCAAGAUGACUUUUACCUGAAUUUAGUCGAUUGGUCCUCACAAAAUGUUCUUGCCGUGGGACUGGGCACUUGCGUGUACCUCUGGAGUGCUUCCAACAGCAAAGUGACAAAGCUAUGUGAUUUGGGACCUCAUGAUGGCGUGUGUUCUGUCCAGUGGACCCGGGAGGGCUCCUACAUUUCCAUUGGCACAAAUCUGGGUCAAGUUCAGAUUUGGGAUGGAACUCAGUGCAAGAGGGUCAGAACAAUGGGCGGGCAUCAGACAAGAAUCGGUGUGCUGGCAUGGAAUUCACGCAUGUUAGCAUCAGGAAGCCGGGACAGGAACAUACUUCAGCAUGAUAUGAGAGUCUCGAAUGACUUCGUUAGCAGGCUCGUCGGGCACAAGUCCGAGGUAUGUGGAUUAAAGUGGUCGCAUGACGACAGGGAACUAGCAUCUGGUGGAAAUGAUAACCAGCUGUUGGUAUGGAAUCAACACUCGCAGCAGCCGGCAUUGAGGCUCACGGAGCACACAGCUGCAGUGAAGGCCAUCGCAUGGUCGCCUCACCAGAUUGGCCUCCUUGCGUCUGGUGGUGGAACGGCUGAUAGGUGCAUUCGCUUCUGGAACACAACAAAUGGCCACCACUUGAACUGCGUUGACACUGGCAGCCAGGUGUGCAACCUUGCUUGGAGUAAAAAUGUGAACGAGCUAGUGAGUACUCAUGGCUACUCCCAGAAUCAGAUUAUGGUGUGGAAAUAUCCGUCAAUGGCCAAGGUUGCGACACUAACUGGCCACAGCAUGCGAGUGCUGUACCUUGCAACGUCCCCCGAUGGUCAGACCAUAGUCACUGGUGCAGGGGAUGAAACUCUUCGGUUUUGGAAUAUUUUUCCCUCCAUGAAAUCGCCCGCGUCGGUCAAGGAUUCAGGCAUGUGGUCUCAAGGGCGUACCCAUAUUCGAUGAUAAGGGAGAACCGGAGAAAUGCCACGGGGGAUGUGAGAGGAAAAGGUGGCUUUUAAAUUAUUGUUAACUAACUAUUUGUAAAUGGAUACUGCUUUUUUUUUUUUUUGGGGGGUGUCUGACACCGAACACGGAGGAUGUGACGUUAUGAAUUAAAUGUAAAGUGUUAAUCCAUGUUAUUAGGUAGCUAUUCAUUAAAUUAAUUUAUGAAUUACCAGCUGCGCUUCUAGACGAUAGAAGGAAAAGGUUGAUUUAUGAA